AUGCCGGUAGAGCUUCCAGGGUUCUAUUUUGAUCCCGAAAAGGGCAAGUACUUCAAGAUCGAAGACAGCAAAACCGCCCCAACAACCCGAUAUACAAGCAACGAUGUAAAGCGGCGUCGCUUACUCGAGGAGAGGAAGCGUGUAGAAGACGAAAAGGCAAGGAGGCUACUUGCGUUCCCUAAAAAACUGAAGCGAGCGAAGAUCCUGGAAGACACUCUCUUGGGAGGAUUCCUGGAAAGAGAGACAGCUCAUGAUAGGCCUGUGGUUCACAAUGGCCGAGAUGACGAUACGGUGAUUAAAUCAUGGGCCAGAGGGUUGAGUGACAAGGGCAAGGUCGACCUCUGGCCGGACCUAAUUCAAAACGGUAUCAUGAUUGGAACCAUAUCUCACUUGUGGGUUGGAGGUUCGGACUCGAGGACAGGUCUCGGUGUUACUUAUGCUGCGGUUGACGACGACUCCCUGACGAGCUCAUACAUCCCGAGGGAUGGGGCUGAUGAAAUCAACUUCGCCUACGCGAACGUCAGAUACAGACGAACCGACUUCAUGCCAAUGCCGGAAACAAUCACCAUUCCUCAGCUCUCCUCACUCAGGUUCCAUGAGCCAUCCGGCAGGAUGUUCCUCACAUCUAGGAUGCCGACGCGCACUCCGUCUAUCGCUUGGUUCUCUCCAAGCCAAUCCGAGCCCCCCAUAGAGGAAGAGGAACGGCCGACAUGGCAGCUGGGCAACUCACCCAACUUAAUCAAAAUCUCCGCGCCCACCCCCAAGGGCACCAAAUACGGCGUCAUCAACACCUCCUGCCCGGCACCCUCCUAUUCCCGCCUGACCUGCAUCGCCGGCGGCGACGUCGGUCUCCUCCAACUUACCAACGACUCCCGGCUAAGCUGGCUAACCAAGCCUGGUCCGCCGCCAUCCUCCUCCUUCUCCUCCCUCAAACACAACCUCGACGCCCCACCACCCAUGGCCAAGCACGGCGAAGUCCUCAGCCUCGAUUUCCUGACAGUUAACCCAGCCGAAGUGAUCCUCGUCGGCGGCCGCACCGGCCGCGUCUGCGUGCUGGACAUGCGCAUCCCCGAGGAAAAAUGGGGCUGGAUCAAGCACCCAUCCAGCGCGGCGCACGUCCGCUCCGUCGGUAGUCACGGGGUGCUAGUGGCGGGUCCGAUGAGCGCCAUGCGUCUUUAUGAUAUCCGGUGGUGCAAGACGGAGAAGGGCAGCACAAUCUCUGACGAUUUCGACGGGACCAGUACGAUGGAUACCUCUGCCGCCAUGGAUUGGCAACCCUCACGCUCCGGCUCCGGUCCUUCAACCAGCAGAAAUGGAAACAGAAACAAGCCAUAUCACAACCAACAAAAAGCACCACAACACCAAUCCCGACCCAGACACAAAGCCAGAAAACUCACCCCCUUCAACCCCCUAACCAUGUCGACGCCCACCGCCCCCAUCCUCACUUUCCCUACCUACCGCAACGCCGAAAACAUCCACAUCGGCCUCGACGUGCUCUCCGCCCCCAACUACACAGCUUACAACCUCGCAGCCGCCGCGCACGAUGACGGUACGGUGGGCUUAUACUCUUUACUCGACGGCUCGCGCGUGCCGAGCAAGACUAUCGAUAGGAUCGGCUUCUCGGGUGGAGGGGGAGGAGAUGAUGAUGACGACGAUGCAGAUAUGGGGCCGUAUGAUGCGUUCAGCAGGGGCAACGUGAUCAAGAGCUUGAUGUUCCAGACGUUACCGGGUGAUAGACAUCCGAGUCUGUUUGUGGGUGAGGGGCCGCGGAUUAAGAAGUACUCGUUUGGGGUUGAGACUAGUAAGGGGAGGAAGAACAAGAAUAGGACAGCGAGGGUGGAGGAGGGGUAUGGCUGUGAAGAGGAGUUCUGA